CGACCCAAGGGUGGAGAAGAGGGAAGGCGAAGGAAGCGCGUUCCCGGGCUCGUGACCGCCAGCAGCCCAGGGAACCCGCGCUCACACACCCUCCGAGAGAUGGCAGGCGACGGGGACCGGAGCGUCGUGGGCACCCUCCACCUGCUGCUGCUGGUGGCUGCCCUGCCCCUGGAGACCUGGGGCGUCAGUCGGGGCGCCGCAGCCUGGACCCAGGAGAAGAAUUAUCACCAACCAGCCAUUUUGAAUUCAUCAUCUCUUCGGCAAGUUGCAGAAGGCACCAGUAUUUCUGAAAUGUGGCAAAAUGACUUACGACCCUUGCUGAUAGAGCGAUAUCCGGGAUCUCCUGGAAGCUAUGCUGCUCGCCAGCACAUCAUGAAGAGAAUUCAGAGACUUCAAGCUGACUGGGUCUUGGAAGUAGACACCUUCUUGAGUCAGACGCCCUAUGGGUACCGGUCUUUCUCAAAUAUCAUCAGUACCCUCAAUCCUACUGCUAAACGACACUUGGUCCUCGCCUGUCACUACGACUCCAAGUAUUUUCCCCACUGGGACAAUAGGGUGUUCGUGGGAGCCACUGAUUCAGCUGUGCCAUGUGCAAUGAUGUUGGAACUUGCCCGUGCCUUAGACAAGCAACUCCUUUCCUUGAAGAACGUUUCAGACUCCAAGCCAGAUCUCUCACUCCAGCUGAUUUUCUUUGAUGGGGAAGAGGCCUUUCUUCACUGGUCCCCUCAGGACUCUCUGUACGGGUCUCGGCACUUAGCUCCUAAGAUGGCAUCGACCCCACACCCACCCGGAGCGAGAGACACCAACCAACUGCACGGCAUGGAUUUAUUGAUCUUAUUAGAUUUAAUCGGAGCUCCAAACCCAACAUUCCCCAAUUUUUUUCCAAACUCUGCCAGAUGGCUCGAUAGACUUCAAGCAAUUGAACAUGAACUCCAUGAAUUAGGUUUGCUCAAGGAUCAUUCUUUGGAGAGGCAGUAUUUCCAGAAUCAUGGUUAUGGAGGUGUCAUUCAGGAUGACCAUAUUCCAUUUUUAAGAAAAGGUGUUCCAAUUUUGCAUCUGAUAUCCUCUCCUUUCCCUGAAGUCUGGCACACCAUGGAUGACAAUGAAGAAAAUUUGGAUGAAACCACCAUUGACAAUCUCAACAAAAUCAUACAAGUCUUUGUGUUGGAAUAUCUGCAUUUGUAAUAUUCUGGUAUAGUUCACAGAAAUUGCAGUAUCAAAGUCAAAAGGCAAGGUACAAUUUAAAAUAAUAUGACUCCAGACAAAUGCUGUGUGGAAACUUCUGUCCUAUAGACUCACUCUGUAGGUAGUUUUGAAUACAUGAUCAAUAAAUCCUAGAAUUAUGUCAUGUCCUAAAUUGCUCAUUAAUUUUCAUCUAGAGAUAAAAAAGGUAAAUGGAAGGAAAACAGAAAAUAAAUAUAUUUUAAAAACUCCUUUAGCUAAAUAACUAUGAAGCUAAGUCAGAUUCUUAUAUUCAGUAUCAUGAUCUUUUAAAUAGUACUUAAAAGUAAUAGUGGUGUGCAAUGUGUAGCCUAAGUUUUUUAUGAUUUUUUUUGUACUUGGGAAUCUAUUACAUAUAAAAAAAACAGUGACAUCAUUUCAAGACUCAAAUUUCUUUCAGAAAUCUUUGUAGGGUUUAUUUUAUAGAAAUUAAAUCAGAAUUAA